AUGGAGCAAUCACAACCAGCCAAAGAAUCCUCCGUACCGACAGACACCAACAAUGGAGAAAAGCGGCCUGCCGAAUCGUCUCCAGCCGACGAUGCUCCACCCGAAAAGCAGAUCAAGACGAAUGAAGGCGCACGACCACAGCCUCGGCCUGAACAACGCAAACCACAAUACGAAUUGAAAUAUUCUCUAGUCGGCCAUCGCAUGUCAGUCUCCAGUGUUAAAUUCUCGCCUGACGGCAAAUGGCUCGCCAGUUGUUCUGCUGAUAAGACAAUCAAAAUUUGGCACGCAUUGGAUGGCAAAUAUGAAGCUACUUUGGAAGGUCAUUCUCAGGGUAUCUCAGAUGUUGCGUGGGCUUCCGAUUCCCAAAACCUUUGCUCAGCAUCAGACGACAAGACCAUUCGUAUUUGGAAUUUAGGAUCACGUGAAACCACCAAGGUGCUCAAGGGACAUUCCAAUUACGUAUUCUGCGUCAACUAUAAUCCACAAUCAAAUCUCAUUGUUUCGGGCUCAUUUGAUGAAAGUAUCAAGAUUUGGGAUGUAAAGAAAGGCAAAUGCAUGAAGACACUACCAGCACAUUCUGAUCCCGUAUCCGCCGUACAUUUCAAUCGAGACGGUACCAUGAUUGUAUCUUGCAGCCAUGAUGGAUUAAUUCGUAUUUGGGAUACCGCCAGCGGACAAUGUCUAAAGACCUUGGUUGAUGAUGACAACCCACCUGUAUCUUUUGUCAAAUUCUCUCCCAAUGGCAAGUAUAUCCUUGCGUCGACGCUCGACAAUACGCUGCGGUUGUGGAAUUAUCAUACCGGAAAGUGUCUCAAAACCUAUCGGGGGCAUGAGAACAACAAGUAUUGUAUUUUUGCAAGUUACAGUGUGACGGGUGGAAAAUGGAUUGUCAGUGGAAGCGAGGAUCACCACAUCUAUAUUUGGAAUUUGCAGACAAAAGAAAUCGUACAAAAACUGGAAGGGCAUUCAGACGUUGUGCUUUGUAUAGCGUGCCAUCCCACAAUGAACAUUAUUGCAUCUGGGUCGAUCGAUAAGGAUAAGUCUGUGAAGCUGUGGUUUGACAAAUCCCAACCUUCAGCAUAG